AACAACACAUGGGGAAGGAGACGGGCAGAGAAUCCUUUCAUAUUAUUCUCUUCCACUCCAGUAGCUCAAUGGAAAGAACAAGUUCUCAAGCUGAAGCCAUAGAAAAGCUGGGAAGAGACCAGCUUUAUCAGAUGCACUAUCUCCCUUUCUUAUAUCCAGGGCCAAUUUACGUGCUGGUUAGGAACUUAUAAAAUCCUAAAUACCUUGGGCCAGGUUACCAGACUGCCUUUUCUUGUAUAUAUACCUAAAUAUCCUCUUAGGAAGACCUGUUCUAUGGUCUGCGCCAAAUGAAGUGAGGUAGAUGACUGCAAAUGAGAGAGCCUUCCUGGUCGUGGCACCUAACUAUUGGCACACAAAACUAGAGAGAAGAAUGAAUUUCCUUUUUUAUACAGUCUUUGUCUGCCUAUUUUCUCUAAACAGAGGGGACCCAUUGAACAACAGUCCCAAUGGCUAUCAAAGAACAUAUGACAACAUCCAGAGGGAAAUAGCGAAUUAUUCAGAGAUUGCCAAGAAGAUUAUCAAUCUUGCUGUUUAUGGAAGUGCUCAGAACAGAUCCUAUGAAAGACUGGCACUUUUUGUGGACAUUAUCGGGCCGAGAAUGAGUGGUUCCAGAAAUCUAGAGCUGGCUAUCCAGUACAUGCAUAAAGCCUUGAUGAAGGAUGGGUUGGAAAAUGUCCACUUGGAGCCAGUAAAAAUACCCCACUGGGAAAGGGGAGAAGAAUCAGCAAUGAUAGUGCAACCACUCAAUCAUAGCAUUGCUGUUUUAGGGCUUGGGGGCAGCAUUGGAACACCGCCAGAAGGCAUUACAGCCGAAGUCUUAGUGGUGACCUCCUUUGAUGAACUCCACCAAAAAGCUCAGGAAGCCCAAGGAAAGAUUGUUGUUUACAACCAGCAUUAUGUCAGUUAUGGGGAAACAGUGCUAUACAGAGUUCGAGGAGCUGUGGAAGCUGCUAAAGUGGGAGCAAAGGCAUCUCUUAUCAAGUCUAUUACUCCACUUUCUAUUAAUAGCCCACACACUGGGAUACAGGCAUAUGAAACAGAUGUACCCAAGAUUCCGACUGCUUGCAUUUCAGUGGAAGAUGCUGAGUUAAUGGCCCGAAUGUCUUCCCGGGGCACCAAAAUUGUUGUGACUCUGAAGAUGGGAGCCAAAACGUAUCCUGAUGCUGAUUCCUUCAACAUAGUUGCAGAAAUCAUUGGCAGUAAAUACCCUGAGCAGGGGAAGAUGAAAUACAACUACCAGCUUGGCUGGCUUUUGUACAUGGAAGCGGAUGCCACAUUUGAUCCUUUAGGCAGCAAAAUGUUUCUGGUUUGCACUUUCACACCAAUAUACUCAUUAUAG